AUGGCCCUGGCUCGACUCAGCUCUGCUCCUCACAUCAGCAUGCAGCUCUGGCCAGCAGUAGCUCGACCCGAAAAGCCCAUAAUAACCUUCAUUUGCCCUAAAGAGGAGUUUUUCUAUCUCCACAGCCCGUCUCCCCUCUGCCCGAUAACAAAGUCCUGCUCAGAGAAGGGGGAGCCUGAGGAUGGGGGAGAAAGGAAGAGAAGGGGGGGGGACAUAGGACACUAA